AUGUUACAGGCAGCUCGGCUCAGGAAAGAUGCGGAGAAAGAUGCGGCUUUUGAGAGACGUUUUCAACAGGUUUUGGUGGCUGAACCUAGUGCUCUUGUUGUCACUCCUCAACUUUCAAGCCGAUACAUAACGGCACGUUUCUUGCCGGAUAAGGCUAUUGACCUUGUAGAUGAAGCAUGUGCAAAUGUGUGGGUGCAACUAGAUAGUCAACCGGAAGAAAUUGAUAAUCUUGGAAGGAAGCGGAUGCAGUUGGAAGUUGAGCUUCAUGCUUUAGAGAAAGAAAAGGAUAAAGCAAGCAAAGCUCGUCUUGUUGAAGUGAGAAAAGAACUUGAUGACUUGAGAGACAAACUUCAACCACUAAUGAUGAAAUAUAAGAAGGAAAAAGAACGUAUUGGCGAAAUUCGAAGGCUGAAACAGAAAAGGGAAGAGCUUUUGGUGGCCCUACAAGAAGCAGAAAGAAGAUAUGAUUUAGCAAGAGCUCCAGACUUGAAAUAUGGAGCGGUUCAAGAGGUGGAGACCGCGAUAGCAAAACUCGAAGGGACGACAGAUGAAAAUGUAAUGCUGACAGCAACGGUGGGACCGGACCAGAUGCUGAGGUGGUGAGCCGGUGGACUGGUAUACCUGUGAAGAGGAUGAAGAUUGAGGAGAUCGAUGACAACGAUGAAAUGGAUGAAUAACUGAAAAGCAAAGAUGGUUAGAGUCUGAAGGCAUUCUGUUGAUUCUGUGUACUUCUUGUAUGUUAGAUUAGAGGCUUGUCUGUGUAUUACAAGUUGCUUGGUUUACUACUGUUUGUUUCAAUGAGUGGAAAUUAGUAAACCUUUUUCUUUAUACCAAUUAUGUUAAUCUAAAAGGUAAGUCUUGUGUUA